CACCCCCCCCAAAAAAAACUCAGUUGGACCUGACUGACGAGCCUCUUAAAAGUCCCGUCACUUUGGGGGAAAGUUUGUUUUCUCUCUCUCUCUCCCUCUGUCUCCCCCGUGGUCAGCAUUCCGCACAACCAUCCGCCGAGGGUUUACGGACUAAGCAGGGAAAACGGAAAUUUACCCCGCCGGUGGAACAGCAGUCGGCCUCGACUCUUGGUGGACGCUCCCUCGGCAAUGCAAGCUGCCACAUGGAGUAGCCUCGGAGAACAACAAGCAUCGCCUUUAACACCCGGCUUCAACUCGUGGAAAUCGCCCGCCCUUCCCAGAAACUUGGGGAUUGCCACCUCCGGGAGCAGCGCCUUCAGCCCCUCGUUAAACACAGGCCCCAACUUUGCCUUUAACAAUAAGUAUGCUUUACUCAACAGCCCGAGCUUGAAGUCUCAGGACUGUGUUCAGUUCAAGCCCAACUUCCAGUCCACGGUUGAAUACUUUUCAAACUCCUUGCACCCACGCGUCGACAUGGCUCAGUAUCAUGAUUCUUGGUUCAGACCUCCUCACCAGGGGAGUGCAACUGAGGAUGGGGGUCUCCCGGCCACCUGGUGGGACCUCCAUACUGGAUCGAACUGGAUGGAUCUUCAGAACACGCAGGGUGGUCUCCAAAACUCCACCCACCCAGGUGGGCUUCAGCCUCCUUUAGGGGGCUACGGGUCUGACCACCAGAUCUGCGGCCCCCCGACUCACUUGAUACAGUCAAGCCAAGUUAUGAUCAACCAGGACGGCUAUAAGCAAACUGACCCCAUCCAGGAGCCCCUGGUCCUGAACCAGACGUUGGAAGGAGCCACCAGGGCAAAGAGCACCAGGCGGUCUUUGUCUCGAAGCUCAGCACAGGGCAGCUGCCGAUGUCCCAACUGCUUGGAGGCGGAGAGAUUGGGGACAUCCGCAGAUGGCAGCGCCAAGAAGAAAGUCCUUCACAACUGCCACAUCCCAGGCUGCGGGAAGGCCUAUGUAAAGACCUCGCACCUCAAGGCUCACCUGAGGUGGCACAGUGGGGACCGGCCUUUCGUCUGCAACUGGCUCUUCUGUGGUAAGCGCUUCACCCGCUCCGACGAACUCCAGCGGCACCUGCAGACCCAUACUGGAUCCAAGAGGUUCUUCUGCCCCAUCUGUAACCGGGUCUUCAUGAGGACCGACCACCUUACCAAGCACUUGAAAACGCAUGGGGAAGGCAGCCAGGCAACUACCAAAGAGUCCGCUGGGGAGGCCAGCAAGUGCAACUCAGUGUCCGUACAAUCCCAGUCCCCAGGGGACAUCCAGAGGGACUGUGAGGGUAAGGGGGUCAACGAUGGACUCCCAGUUGCUGAUAGACAGCAAAAUUAAGACUUUGAAAAUAUUUUUUCUCGGUAUAAAAAAAUAAUCUAUUGCCAGUGUGUGAAAUAGUUGCACUUGUCAACUGCUGUAUAUUAUCCUAGGGUGAGAUUCUGAAGGAAAUUCAACAUUCCUGGAAAAGGUUACACUUAUCUAAUGCUUUUACACUAUUAAAGGGGCACUAUAUUUUUGAAAAAUUGUUGAUAAAAUCAGUUUUCUUUUCUUUACAAGGUAUACAAUGUAAUUAGGUCUCCCCACUGUCCCAUGGUAUCUUCCUCUGUUUCAAAGAGCUGAAUAGUCUCUGUCUCAUCCAUUCCCUGUGGCACAGCAUUUCCCACUCCAGAAAUCCUCUGUGUAAAGAGCUUGUUUUUAGUCUCACUCUGCAUUCUCUUAAUUACAAUUUUAAAUCAGUGAGCCUUCAUCACUGACUCCCCAACUAGAAGAAAUUCCCCCUUUAUUAUUCCAUUGAAAUACUUUGUAAUUUUAAAAAAACUCUUUCAAAUCUGCUUCUCCUUCUUCACUGCAGUGGAAAUAGUCCCAGUAUUUCAAUUCUCUCCUCAUAACUGUAGCCUCCUGCCCCUGGGAUCCUGCUGAUGAAUGUACUCUCUUAAUGACUUUAAUGACCCAGUUGGAAAAAUGUUUUCUGUCAACUUCUGUUUUUAUCAUGAGGCAAGCGCCCUAUUUAAUACCCUUGUGUCUGUUUCAUCUAUCUUUCUACUGAUGUUAAUUGUCAAAAUUUAAGCCAUCAAUUUGAACAGAGAUGUUCUUACUGGAACAAUCUGGAUAAUAAUGGGUCAUGACUAAAGGGGUUAUUUACAUAUUAGGCUCACUUCUGCACGAGGCACUACAGUAAGCUACACUCUGGGAGGGUAAUACCUGCUGCAGCAUGAUUUCUGUGAUUUAAACAUGAAACAUAGUUCUUAUUUAGUUUUUUAUUAAGAUGGUACAAUUUCUGCACUUCAAAAAGAGAUUUGCUGUGUGCAGUGUUUCGUGAUAUUUUGAUGUGAUAAGCUACAAUAUAAGUGCAAAUAUCAUUACUAAAUUGCUCCAGCAGGCAAGAAUGAAUCUUUUAAGGAGGUUUGUGCCAUGAGCUCAGCCUAACUAAAGCCUCUUUAAUGGAAGGAAUUAUUCACAUCAUAACCAAUAUAUCAUUCUAAAGCAGCAGAGUUUAUUUGUUGCAGCUGCAUGUUCAAAAAAUUUAAAGUAAAGCUUACUGACACAAUAUUAAACAGAAUGAACAAAUAACUUGGAGACGUCCAAAGCGGUGGCUCUUGUAAUUUUAGGCAAAAAGUGAGUGUAGUAAAUUUUUUUUUAUUUAAAAAAUGAUUUUAAUGCUAAUCAUCCAGGUUGUGUCUGGACAGAAUAAAUAAUGCGCUAGAGAUUUUAGUUGUGACAUAGGACUCCAUUAAUUGCUAGGAUGAAAGCUGUCAAUGGCAGAUGCACUUCAGGAUUUUGCCCUAGUGUGAGUUGCAUUUUUUUUAUAGUCAGCAUCCUGUGUGCAGUGUAAUAAUGCGUCGAGAUGGUAUGGGUGAUAUGGCAUGUGCUUGGUGCCCUUCGACACACCAGAGAGUGCUGUGACAUAGGGCAUAGGUGACUUCGAAUCAAAGCCACCGUCGCAAAUUUUAGAUAAACACGUUUUCUUUUUGAUUACUGCUAUUAGAUAUGGUUGUGUGUGAUUUUGUCAUUUUUUAACAACAAUUUUAUGUUCAUUUUCAGCUGUUGUCUAUGUUUUUAUUUUAUUCCAAUGGCAUUAAUAUAAUUUUAAGUUUGUUUCCUAUGGUAAUAUUUCACAUGGGGAGCAAAAACAAAACAUAUUAUAUUUUCCAGAAAAUAUGAACGGUUGCAUCUAUUGUUGCACCUAGAUACAAAGACAAUAACAUCCAGUCAGAUCCUAAAGUCAUGAAAUUGAUGGGGUUGAUACUGAAACAUUUAAUAAAUUGUAUAUUUGCAUUAAAAAUGAUGGAUAUUUAUAUUUUUAAUGUAAAUACAUAGAAUAAAUAGAACAUCACACUGGCUUUAGCCAUUUCUUCGAUUAUUUGACUUUGUGGGAGGCAUCUCAUUAUUUACUUGUGAUAGUGAUUGCUGUAAGUUAUUGGUCUUUACCAGGUGUGAGAUAAACUAAUCGUGCCUGCUGCUGGUGCAAUAUCAUUGUAUGACAAGGUAAACCUAAAUUAAAUGAACUGAAAAUCCACUUUUUCCUUUAAUAGCCAUAUUUCUGAUAGCUGCCUCACAGCUCCUGGUAGCAUGACCUUUGAAAGAUUGCUUGCUGAUGGCACUGCCCUUGUUAGCCUCGUCUCAGUACCUAUAGCUUAGCCGCUUGAUCAGCCAGCUCCUGAUGAUUCUGUCUCUCUUACCCACUUACCUUCACUCCUGAUGGCCCAGCCCUGUGUUCAGUAUUUUGCUGGUACAUUCUAGUUCUUUUUUUUAAAACUCUUGGGAUAUGGGCUAGUAAGGCCAGCAUUUAUUGUCCAUUCCUGGUUUCCCUUUAGCAGUUGGUGCUAAACCUUCUUGAACCACUGCAGUCCAUUUAGUGAAGGCAUUCCCAAAGUGCUGUUGGGAAUUUCCUUCUAACCUAACUGAACACUAUUUAACUGUGCAUGUAAGAAGAAUAAAACACACAAAUGCUAAAAAAAACACACAUUCUGGAAAUGCACAGCAAGUAUAUUUGUAUCUGUAACAAGAAAUACAGAUUAACAUUUCAGCUAUGAACCCUACACCAAGAUCAAUACCUGAAAUUUGUAUUUCUCUUUGUAGAUGUUGUGGCAUAGUCCAGCAUUAUUCAUUAGUAUUUUAAUGCACAUCAUCUGUUGCAUAUCAUGAUCAAGGAGUUGUAAUAAAUGUUAGUGGGAAAUGAACAAAGUCAGAUGUGUUAGUUUAGAAAAAAAUAAUUAAUUUCAAAGAAAAUUGAAUUAAACAGAAAGUAGAUGUGCAAACAAGCCAUUCAGCCCAAUUGGUCCAUGCUGGUGUUUAUGUUCCACAUGAGCCUCCUCUCUCUCAUCUUCAUCUAGCUCUAUCGGCCUAAUGUUCCAUUUCUUUCUCCUUCGUGUGUUUAUCUAGCUUCCCCUUAAAAAAUGGUUAAUCAAUGCAGUGUUGGGAGAUUCAAUCCUCUGAUACUGAUUCAAGUCACUUACAAUUAUUAUUCACAACAGCAGGUCUGAUGCUAACCAUGAUGAUGGAAAAGAGUGGGGUUCAUGGUGGGAUGCUGUUACAGUGGUUCUUGACCAAUCAGAAUCAUGGCUAUGUUUAAACAGAAUUUUAGAAUAUUUGUAUUGUAUGACAAAUUUAAAACAGGAUCCAAAUUGGUCCAACAAACUCCUGUACGAAGAGUGUAAUUAUUUAGAACUAUGAUAUGUGUUUCAAAUAUUAAAAGAUAUGUUAAAAUAACACACUCUCCAUCCACUUAAAAAAAUGACCUGUAUAUUCUUACAGAAACUUGGAUUCUAUGCUGUGAAUUACCUACACAAUAGGAAACUAAUGCUGAGUCUUUUAUUUAAUUAACAUUGUCUUUAUAGUUGACAAAAAAAUAAAGAUUUGUUUUCAAAUGUUUCAUGAUGCCUCUGAAAUGGUUUUUUUUACAGUUUGGAUUGUACAAUACUAUAUAAAAAACAAGGAUCCCAUUCUGUUCCUGGGGUGGAAAUUCGGGUUGGAUAUAUUCCAGGGGAUUUCAUCACAUGAUCUUCUGCCUCCAAUUACUCUAUCCAAAUAGUCAUUGUUCCAUCUC